CUUCCCCUCCUCCCCCUUCCCCUCCUCCCUCCCCGCCCCCACCUCCUUCCUCCUUUCCGAAGGGCUGGUAACUUGUUGUGCGGAGCGAGCGGCGGCGGCGGCACCAUCCAGGCGGGCACCAUGGGCACGUCCGCGCGCUGGGCGCUCUGGCUGCUGCUCGCGCUGUGCUGGGCGCCCCGAGAGAGCGGCGCCACCGGAGCCGGAAGAAAAGCCAAAUGUGAAGCCUCCCAGUUCCAGUGCACAAAUGGCCGAUGUAUCACCCUGCUGUGGAAAUGCGAUGGGGAUGAAGACUGCACGGAUGGCAGUGACGAGAAGAACUGUGUGAAGAAGACAUGCGCUGAGUCUGACUUUGUAUGCAACAAUGGCCAGUGUGUUCCUAAUCGAUGGCAGUGUGACGGGGAUCCUGACUGUGAAGAUGGUUCUGAUGAAAGCCCAGAACAGUGCCAUAUGAGAACAUGCCGCAUAAAUGAAAUCAGCUGUGGCGCCCGCUCCACUCAGUGUAUCCCAGUGUCCUGGCGGUGUGAUGGUGAAAAUGAUUGUGACAGUGGAGAAGAUGAAGAAAACUGUGGCAACAUAACGUGUAGCUCUGAUGAGUUCACCUGCUCCAGUGGCCGCUGCAUCUCCAGGAAUUUCAUGUGCAAUGGCCAGGAUGACUGCAGUGAUGGCAGCGACGAGCUGGACUGCGCCCCACCAACCUGCGGGCCCCACGAGUUCCAGUGCAGCACCUCCUCCUGCAUCCCCAUCAGCUGGGUGUGCGACGACGACGCAGACUGCUCGGACCAGUCGGAUGAGUCCCUGGAGCAGUGCGGCCGCCAGCCAGUGAUCCACACCAGGUGCCCGGCCAGCGAGAUCCAGUGUGGCUCUGGCGAGUGCAUCCACAAGAAGUGGCGAUGCGACGGGGAUCCCGACUGCAAGGACGGCAGCGAUGAGGUCAACUGUCCUUCCCGAACCUGCCGACCUGACCAGUUUGAGUGUGAAGAUGGCAGCUGCAUCCACGGCAGCAGGCAGUGUAACGGCAUCCGAGACUGCGUGGACGGUUCUGAUGAAGUCAACUGCAAGAACGUUAAUCAGUGCUUGGGUCCCGGGAAAUUCAAGUGCAGAAGUGGGGAAUGCAUUGAUAUCAGUAAAGUGUGCAACCAGAAGCAGGACUGCAGGGACUGGAGUGACGAGCCCCUGAAGGAAUGCCAUGUAAAUGAGUGCUUGGUUAAUAAUGGCGGAUGCUCCCAUAUCUGCAAAGACCUAGUUAUAGGCUAUGAAUGUGACUGUGCAGCUGGGUUUGAACUCAUAGAUAGGAAAACCUGUGGAGAUAUUGAUGAAUGCCAAAAUCCGGGAAUCUGCAGUCAAAUUUGUAUCAACUUAAAAGGCGGUUACAAGUGUGAAUGUAGUCGUGGCUAUCAAAUGGAUCUUGCCACGGGCGUGUGCAAGGCAGUAGGCAAAGAGCCGAGUCUGAUCUUCACCAAUAGACGAGACAUCAGGAAGAUUGGCUUGGAGAGGAAAGAAUAUAUCCAACUAGUUGAACAGCUGCGAAACACUGUGGCUCUCGAUGCUGACAUCGCUGCUCAGAAACUAUUCUGGGCUGAUCUAAGCCAAAAGGCCAUCUUCAGUGCCUCAAUUGAUGACAAAGUUGGUAGACAUGUUAAAAUGAUCGACAAUGUCUAUAAUCCUGCAGCCAUUGCUGUUGAUUGGGUGUACAAGACCAUCUACUGGACUGACGCGGCUUCUAAGACUAUUUCAGUAGCUACCCUAGACGGAACCAAGAGGAAGUUCCUGUUUAACUCUGACUUGCGAGAGCCUGCCUCCAUAGCUGUGGACCCGUUGUCUGGUUUUGUUUACUGGUCAGACUGGGGUGAACCAGCUAAAAUUGAAAAAGCAGGAAUGAAUGGGUUUGACAGACGGGCUCUGGUGACAGCGGACAUCCAGUGGCCUAACGGAAUUACACUUGACCUUAUAAAGGGCCGCCUCUAUUGGCUGGAUUCCAAAUUGCACAUGUUAUCCAGUGUGGACUUGAACGGCCAAGAUCGCAGGAUAGUCCUAAAGUCUCUGGAAUUCCUAGCUCAUCCCCUGGCACUCACAAUAUUUGAGGAUCGUGUCUACUGGAUAGAUGGGGAAAAUGAAGCAGUCUAUGGUGCCAAUAAAUUCACUGGCUUGGAGCUGGCCACUCUAGUUAACAACCUUAAUGAUGCCCAGGACAUCAUUGUCUAUCACGAACUUGUACAACCAUCAGGUAAAAACUGGUGUGAAGAAGAUGUGGAGAAUGGAGGAUGUGAAUACCUCUGCCUGCCAGCCCCACAGAUUAAUGACCACUCUCCAAAAUACACCUGUUCCUGUCCCAAUGGAUACAAUCUAGAGGAGAAUGGCCAAGAGUGCCAAAGGAUCAAUUUGACCACAGCAGUAUCGGAGGUCAAUGUUCCCCCUAAAGGGACUUCUGCUGCCUGGGCCAUCCUUCCCCUCUUGCUCUUAGCAAUGGCAGCAGUAGGUGGCUACUUGAUGUGGCGGAAUUGGCAACAUAAGAACAUGAAAAGCAUGAACUUUGACAAUCCUGUGUACUUGAAGACCACUGAAGAGGACCUAUCAAUAGACAUUGGUAGACACAGUGCUUCUGUUGGACACACGUACCCAGCAAUAUCAGUUGUAAGCACAGACGAUGAUCUAGCCUGACUUCUGAGACAAGUCACGACCUUUGAGGUCUGAACCAGUGAAGCCCCCCACUUUGGAAUGGUAACCAAGCCAGCAGCUGAAGCCUCUUUCUUCCUCCCAUCUGGAAGAACAUCAAGAUAUCUUUGCGUGGAUCAAGCUUGUAUACUUAAUCAUUUUUAUAUUACUUUUGUAAAUAUUCCCAUCCACAUUCUCCUUCAGUUUUGGAUGUGGUUACCAAAAGUAUCUGUAACCCUUGAAUCUCUAGACAGUAUUGCCACCUCUGGCCAAAUAUGCACUUUCCCUCGAAAGCCAUAUUCCAGCAACGAAACUUGUGCUAUAGUGUAUACCACCUGUACAUACAUUGUAUAGGCCAUCUGUAAAUAUCCCAGAGAACAAUCACUAUUCUUAAGCACUUUGAAAAUAUUUCUAUGUAAAUUAUUGUAAACUUUUUCAAUGGUUGGGACAAUGGCAAUAGGAUAAAACGGGUUACUAAGGUGAAAUUGCCAAAAAAAAAAAAUUUGUAAACUAAUUUUGUACGUAUGAAUGAAAUCUUUGACCUCAAUGGAGGUUUGCAAAGACUAAGUGUUCAAACUACUGUACAUUUUUUUUCCAAGUGCUAAAAAAAAUUAAACCAAGCAGCUUAACCAUGGUUUGUGCCUAUUCAUCUAGGAUGAACUUCUGUAAACAGCCUGAGUAGUAUCAGGUGUUCUAACUAAAUAUAUGAGCUCUAGAUCUUGAUGUUGUAUAAUGAAGCCUAUAAUAUGGCUUGUUUCCCUUACAAUUAAGUACUAAAAGAAUGAGGUACCACUUAAUACUUGCCUCCCCAAAUAUUUCUUGUUUGGUAAAAGAAGCUAGUUUAGCCGGUUCCCAGAACCCUUUGAGGAAAUUUCCUACUCCAAUUAGUUUCCUGAUUCAGUAACAUAUGCUAAAGAUUUCUGUCAAUCCUUUCUGUACUUGUCUCAGAUUUCUGUGUCCUAAAAUUGUGUAUCAUUCAAGGAAAAGUGCCUUCCACUGCAUGGGUAAGAACUUUCUUCUUUUACACAUCUACACCAUCGACCCUGAAGACAGCUAGGGAGGUAACAGUCAGUGCUAUUCUUGAACAGUCUAAAGCAGUGGUUCUCAGUGGGGUUAAGGUCGGCAUCUACAUCAUCUGGGAACUUGUUAAGCACGCACAUUCUUAGGCCCUACUCUGGACCUGCUCAAUCAAAAGCUCUGAGAGCAAGGUCCAGGAAUGUGUGUUUUCAGAAGCCCUUCAGGUGAUUCUGAUGUAAACUAAUAUUUGAAAACCACUAUUUUAAAGUGACUUCAUGGAGAAUCUAUAAGGUGAUCUAAUCUGUCAGGCUUGCUGGCAUAGAAUGAAUUCCUUCUAUGGACAAUUUUCAAAACAUUUAAUAUGAAGAGUAGAAAAGGACACUGGUAGAAGAAAAAGUAGCUGACAACUUGUGUAAGAUUUCCAUCAGAUGGGCCAUUUCUUUCUCUUAAACCUCAGGAAGCCAGCAAGCAAGGGAAGAAACAAAGCUUUAACCCUGGGAAGAUACUCCAAGCCCAAAGCAAGGUGACGGUCCACUGCAGAAGGAGCUGCAAUCUUUGCAGAUUGAUCAGUGCAGUAGCCAAAGGAGAAGAGAAGAUAUUUUUGAAGAGCUAAAUGGAUCAGUGGAUGAGUCAGAGUCCACUUGCAUAUGGAAUGUAAAUAAGACAGUUGUGCUUUGGCUUGUGGCUUAGGUGAAGAGAUCAAUAAUCCUAGAUGAGAAGGUGCUUCUGUCAUCUUGUUUAAUAGAUACCCUCUUGUGAUUCCAGUCAAAUGGAUGAGAGUGAAUUCUGGUGUGGACCUUUUUUGUGGGGGUGUGGAGGUCAAGCACACAGGAAAAGGAUGAAGUUGUGAAGGUAGGCAUCUCUGCCUGCCACCUGUUGCUUCAUCUGCAAAUAGUCAUUACACUAAACAGGAUGUGGCCUGCUCCUGUGAGGUGUCUGGAGGGUCUGUUCUAUGAGUAGGUGAGCAUUCAUCCUAUAUAAACUCUAAAGGCCAUUUGGUUGACUGGGACUUUGACCUUCUUCUUGUAUAAAACCCACUGAUAGGUUUAUUCAUUUAGAGCAAAACAGAAUUCUUUCCUUGGAAGCUUAAAGACACCAGUGUUUCCCAUUAUAAGGUUUUUACAAUAUUAGUCCACUAUAAAGCCCAAAGCCAUAGAUUUUAAGAAUAAACCCAAGCAGAUCCUCCAUCAUCUCCUGGAUUCCAGUCCCUGGUAGGACUUCCAGGUUUUAGGUCCCAAUUUCCAACCUUCAAAGAGUCUAUAGCAUCUCAUUCUUUCACCUUGCUCUCUACAGAAGUAACCAAGGACAGAAACUCUACCUUAAGAGGUGCAUACUCACUUGAAGAAAUGUGGUAACUAGAUAUUUAUAUGGAAAUUAGAACAGUUACAUGGCUAAUCAAUUCAGCAUGAAGUAAUAGUUCAUGGGAGACUAGAGCCUUGUGCAUCGGGAGCCACACAAGAACUUUAAGACUCCAGUGUAAAACCUAUUGGCAUAAGUUUGCUAUGUCUCUAGAGUUUAAUAUGGGAAAUGAGAAUUAAUUAAGAGGUAAAGUAUGAAGCUUAGCAGACACUAAAGAAGGAUGUUUGAAGUUAAAUGAGCCUGUCAUGCAAGUCACAGAAAGGAAGCCCUCUAGAGACUUUACCAGCUGCUACAAAGACUGAUGAUAAACAGAUCUGUGGCCUCUGGUAAAGAAAUUCAGUCAAAGUUUUGAGUCCAAAUUUUUAAAUGGCCUUUGCAAGCUAUCUGUUUGGUAAGAAAUAUUCCUAGUUGUUCAGUCAGCUCUUAAAACAUUCUUACAGCUAUUUUAAAGCCUCGGUAUCAUUACCAAGCCUCUGGUGUUCUAUUCUUGAUGAACACAAGGCAAAAAACUGGAGACUUCAACUCUGACACUUGCUUCUGUUCCUUAUAUCUUUGGAAAUCCGAUAACCCUUCUCAAAAAAUGAGAAGACAGGCUUUAAAUAGCAAAAAUAUAGGGCACUGGAAGAACUGCCUCUUCAGUUAACACUUAGAAACAGAAGACCUAAAUUGAAGACUACCUUUUAACUAUCCUCACGCCCAAGCAGAAGAUCUUGAUGGGGGUAUGCGCCUGUGUCAUGCAGUCUAACUGGAGUAAUUUCCUAGAAUUCUCACCUUGGGAAGCAGUUUAUUAUUGUGAAUCCAAUAGAAGUUGGAAUUCUUGCUUUUAAUGGUGGGGAAGCUCUUAAAACACAUCUACACUUUGGCAGUAACAACUUACAUCCAAGAAUGAGGACUACAACCUGUUGGUCUUUAUCACUCAUUUGGGUUCCUCAGCUUAAAUGGACCUAAAUUGUGGAAGUUCUGGAAAACAUAAAAGAUGAUCUUCACAACAACCUGAAUAGGUAAGUAUUAUCUCCAAUUUGUAGAUAUGAAAACUGAGGUGGCAAAUAAUGGGUGAUUCCAAACCUUGUGUGCUUACUGGCACUCCUCUCAGACAAAGGCAGUGCUGUGUAAAGGUUAAGUUGAACGUCACAUUGUGUGUUUGCUGAGUUUCCUUUACUAAUGACCUUGGAUGCUUCUGCAUUUUCUCAGACACCCAUAGUAACUGGCUUCCAAUAUGGCACCAUGAGGAGGGUAUAACACUAGCAACUCCAUGUCAGGUUGGCACAGAAUAAAUGUUUGUUCAGUGCCAGGCCUACAAGAUGCUAAAAGUUCCAGAAUUAUUUUCCUUGGCAAUGGGAAGUAGAGUAGAUCACUGGAUUACAAGGUGAAAGAUAAAGAGUCCCCAAAGGAAUUUAUAAACAUGCAACAUCAUUCCUGUGUAUGAAGACAUUGGGGAAAACAAACUAUUACACAACAUAUCUUAAAUAUUAAGGUUCUCAUAAGGACAUACCCGCCCAAGAAGACAGAAAGAACUGUGACUUGAGUCCAUGGGUUGAUGAUGCAAUACCUAACCCUGGGUCUUAGGUAUUCUGGAAUCUACCCAUGAGACCUGGGCAUUGCUCACAUUUCACACAUGCACAGAGGGGAAAGAACUCUUGGAAUGAAAUGACUGGCUUUGACAAAACUCUUGUUUUUUAAAAUGUCACUUGAUACCAAAAUAUGACUUAAGAGUAUGUAAGGCCUCAGAAGUCCAGAGCGUACAACCAGUUAUCAUGCUCAGGAUCUAGAGGCACAUGUUGGAACACAUCCCAUCCUGCUGACCUGUAGAUAAAUAUUUCUUUUAUUAAUAAACUGUACAUGUAACU